GUCCGAAGAAAACACGAAAAGAAAGCAGCAUAAUAAUACGCGGCAUGCAACACAUAUAUAACAGAGAGAAAAAAAACAGAGAGAGAGAGCUCUCUCCCUCGAAUUCUCGACCGAUCCUGCACGCCGUAAAGUGCGCUGGUGUUGAACGAUCGAUCGAGAAAGCAAAAGAUGGAGGCGGAUGCGACGACGGCGGCGCAGGGACGACGACGGGACGAUCGCUGGUCGUCCCUCCCGUUCGACAUGCUCGUGCUCGUCGUCGACCGGCUCGGCUGGUCCAACCACCCGAGCUUCGCCCUGACGUGCCGCCACUGGCGCUCCGCCGUGUCGCCGUUCUACCCGGCGUGGAUCACCCCGCUCCUCCUCAGCUCCGCCGACGUCGGCGUCGCCAACGCCAGCUACUACAGCCCGUACUUCCACAGGAGCUUCGAGGUCGACGGCUGCACGCUCAACGUGCCGCCCGAAGCCAAUCUCUGCUGCUCCAACGGACGACGCCUCACGCUGUGCCUGCCUAAGCUGGUCCUGCAAACCGAUCUCGUCACCGGCGCCGUCGACGAGCUACCGGAGAUGCCGUUCUACUGGUUCAACUUCAUCGUCUACGACGACGCCGACCGGAGGAUGUACUGCGUCAACACGAUCUUCGUGGUGCGGCUCGCCCGCGCGAUUCAAGACGAGGACGGCGAGUGGGGGCCAUGGGACCUGACGGAGUUCAACGUCGAGGAAGGAGCACAGCUUCAGGCCUCGCCGAUCAGCAACCCGGUGCUCCAUGGUGGCCUGCUGUACGUUCUUGGUGAAGACGGGAAGCUGGCGGUGUAUGAUCCGUGCAACCACGAUGAUAAUUUCAAGGUUGUUGAUAAGCUUAAGGGAUUUGGGAUUGAGCAUGAUCGCGUUGACAGCUACCUGUUCGAGUCUGAUCAAGGUGAGCUCAUGGCUGUCCUCGUCGGCUACACUGGUACGCCUGUCCAUGUCCUCAAACUCAAUGAGGAGACAAUGGAGUGGGAGAAGAUGGAAUCCUUGGAUGGACGGGCAUUGUUCACCGGAACAUACACGACAAUGAUGAGAAAAACCAAGCUUAAGUCGAUGCAGAACAAGGUUUUCCUCCCGAGGUUGUAUGAGUGGCCUAAGACCAUUCAUGUUGACCUUGUUAUUCGUGAUGGCGAACCAGCAUUUAUACCAAAGUCACACUCGCAAUAUAGCAUCGAGAAGAUCACCUCUAAUACGAGUAUUUGGUCCUAUAAAGUUGGGCAGCAGGAAGAAGCAAGAAAGUUUUGGGGAUCGGAGAAGGUAGACUAUAGUAUAUGGGUCGAUUUUAGUACUAAUUUACAAUAAUUAUAGGAUAAUUAAUUAUAUGUACGGAAGAUUAUAGUAAGAGACAGUAAAGAGAAGAUACUAUUGAACUCA